AUGAGAGUGGCCAUCGACAAUGCAGUCACAUCUUGGUCGGUUUCGACAUGGUCACUCGGAGAGACAUCAUUCGGGCUCGCUAUUGUUAUGGUAUUAUAUGUCAUCACAGUUCUCAAAAUAUUGCCGCAUUAUAUGAAAAAUAGAAAUCCAUAUAAAUUGACACGUCUUCUUACUUAUUAUAACGCAUUUCAAGUCGCCUUUUCAGCGUAUGCAGUGUUCCUUUACACAAGAUAUAUUUUUAAUCAUGGUAUUAUAACAACUAGAUGUCCUAAAGGUGACGAGUUAAAAGGGGUUAUACGAGAAAUCUGGCCGUAUUUCAUAGCAAAGCACAUAGAUCUUUUAGAUACGGUAUUCUUUGUUCUUCGGAAGAAGGAAAACCAGGUGACAUUUCUUCAUAUCCUCCACCAUAACCUCAUGGUAGCAUGGACGUGGUUCCAUCUUAUGUACCAUCCUACUGACCAUUUUGUGGUGGUAGGACUAAUCAAUAGCUUUGUACACGUAUUAAUGUAUGCGUAUUAUGGACUGUCGUCAUUGGGACCAGAGUACGCUAAGUUUACAUGGUGGAAAAAACAUUUGACCAAGAUACAAUUGAUCCAAUUCAUAUUAGUCCUCUUAAAUCUUCAUUACCAGCAAAAAAUGUCACCGUGUCCGAUUCCUUCUUUCUUCCACUACUUCUGUUUGUCUAGUAUCAGUUCAUUCUUCUUUCUAUUCAUCAACUUCUACAUCAAAAGUUAUGAAUCUAGAUCGAAGAAGAAUACAAAUACAGGAAAUGAUGUACUUGGGGGUAUUGGUUGUAACUUCGCAACAGAGAAAGAAGACUAGCCUUCUAAAAAGUGAGAAUGAGCUGCAGUCAAUUAAAAAAAUUCUUCUUUAAAUGUUUAUUCCUGAGCUUAUAAUGUAUACUAUAAAUUAUAUUGAGCUAGUGCUUUAUGAAUUGUAGUUGUAUAAUGUUGUCUUUAUCCUCUGAAACUAGUCUCUACACGGUCAUUUCUUUUAUUUAUUGAAAAAUAUAUAAAUAUUUUUGCAUCUGU